CAGUGCUGGCAACAGAGAGGAACUCCGCCGUCCGUCCCCCUGCAGAAAGCAACCCCCUCUAAAAGAGACAGAGAGAGAGGGGGAGAGACACAGAGGAUUUGUUAAUAGAGCAGAGGAGGAUGAGGAAGCAGUGGGAAGGGGACGUUUUAGAAGAGGCUGCACAGAGGCAAAAACAAACAGGACAGUCUGUGUGAUCCAGGUCUCAAGAUGUAGGAGCGGCAUCAGAGGAGUCCAAAGUCAGUGUGUGUGUGUGUGUGUGAACGCACCAUAACAUCAUAGGACUUGUGUUUCAAGGAUAGUGAAGGUGGCAACCUGAGAAGUCCUCCACUCUACCUCCACAGAGGAUGUCAAAUUAGUCCUUAUUCAGCAAGGAGCGAGAGCAUCAACCUGAGGAUCAGAUGUUGUCCACGGCUCAGCAGAUGCUGCAGGAUAGCCGCUCCAAGAUCGAGCUGAUCCGACUGCAGAUUAUCAAAGUCACCCAGGCUGGCAGCAGCAGUGGAAUUGGCGAGGAUGGUGGCGGAGACCCCACUCAUGGAGGGAUCUCUCCUGUCAGUGCUGUGGAGGCUCGUUUGGCAGAGUUGCAGCACUACAUGCAGAGAGAGACCGAUGCCUUGGUGCUGGCCAAAGAUGUGGUGAAGCAGCUGGAGGGAAUCUCAGUGCUGGACCAGAAGGCACUGACUGAGGCUCAGACCCGGGUGCAGGAGUCCUCCCAGAAGCUGGAUCUUCUGCGGCUGUCUCUGGAUAAGUGCAAGAAGGAAAACAACCAGGAGCCUGCAGGGGGCGCCGUUCCUUCUGAGGGAACUCUGUCUCCUAAAAACUCCAGACCUGGAUGUCCCCUGUCCACGUCCCCGUCCAUCUUCUCUUUCAGACCUGCCUUUUUGACUGGGAAACUGGAAGUCAGACUUCUUGGAUGUGAGGAUGUACUGACAUCCCGGACAAACCCAGAGCAGGAGAACCAUCUUUGUCCCUCUGAAGACAGUCCAGAUGCUCACAGGACACAGGAACACCCUGUGGAGAUCAGUGCGGUGCUCCGAUUGGACAGCAGAGUGGUGGGACGGACGCGCUUGGCUGCUGUCGGCAGGCUGACCUGGGAUCAGACGUUCUGCAUCCAGCUGGAGCGGUCUCGAGAGCUGGAGGUGGCUGUGUUCUGGCGGGACCGGAGGACGAUGUGUGCCGUCAAGAUGCUGCGACUGGAGGACAUGAUGGACAACCAGGACCACAACCAGGAGUUCCCUCUGGAGCCACAGGGCCUCCUCCAUGCCAAGCUUCAAUUCAUCGACACUGUUGUUGAGCGGCAGCCGAAGCUGAGGCGUCAGAGAUGUAUCUUCACUAAAGAGAGAGGGAAGAACUUCCUCAGAGCGGCCCAGAUGAACAUGAAUUUCGCCACAUGGGGUCACCUGAUGAUGAACAUCCUCCCUCGCUACAGCUCCUUCACCACCUUCAGCUCGUCCUUCUAUACGCCCCCCGACCUGGUGGCCAACAACUCCCCCCCUCCAACUGAGAAGGAGCCUCUAGCUACCAAUCCACUGCCAAGCGAGUCUCCAGAAGUCAGACUCAGCCUCACUGAGGAUCAGCCGCCUCCCACCAGCCUCCAGCCGGGAGACGACCCCCCCGCCAUCAUCACCACAGCACACAAAACAUCCUCUGUGCCUGCCUCGCAAGAAAAUCUGUCUUCCAUAAACAACACAGAAGAAAGUGGAGACCAGCCUGUAUCUGCUCUAAAGAUGCAGAUGGAUGAUUUCAAAUAUUUUUCAGUUCUGGGCAGAGGACACUUUGGGAAGGUUCUGCUGGCAGAGUUCAAGAAGACAGGAAAACUGUACGCCAUCAAAGCCUUGAAGAAAAGAGACAUUGUGACACGAGAUGAAGUGGACAGCCUUAUGAGCGAGAAGAGGAUCUUUGAGAUGAUCAACGCGUCCAGACAUCCGUUCCUGGUGAACCUCCACGGCUGCUUCCAGACCAGCGACCACGUCUGCUUCGUCAUGGAGUAUUUACCUGGAGGAGACCUCAUGAUCCACAUCCACAACGACGUGUUCAGCGAGGCCCAGACCAGGUUUUAUUCAGCAUGUGUCCUGCUGGGUUUAGAGUUUCUCCACCUGAAUAAAAUCAUCUAUCGAGAUCUGAAGCUGGAUAACCUGUUGAUGGAUGCAGAUGGGUUUGUGAAAAUCACAGACUUCGGACUUUGUAAAGAAGGGAUGGGUCACGGAGAUCGGACCUCCACUUUCUGUGGGACUCCUGAGUUUCUGGCUCCCGAGGUCCUGACAGACGACAACUACACCCGAGCGGUGGACUGGUGGGGGAUGGGGGUCCUGAUCUUUGAGAUGCUCGUUGGAGAGUCUCCGUUUCCUGGUGAGGAUGAGGAGGAGGUGUUCGACAGCAUCGUCAAUGAUGAUGUGCAGUAUCCAGGGUCUCUUCCUCCUGAUGCGGUCUGCAUCAUCAAGAAGCUGUUGAAGAGGAAUCCUCUGAAAAGACUUGGCGCUGGAGAGAGAGAUGCAAAUGAGGUCAAAGGGGAGAAAUUCUUUGAGACCAUCGACUGGGAAGCCCUCCUGGCUAAGACAGCCAAGCCACCAUUCCUGCCGUCAAUCAAAGAGUCAAUGGAUGUCGGAAACUUUGACAGCGAGUUCACUCAACUCCAGCCAAUCCUGUCGCCUCCCGCCAAACCCUUCAUCCUCUCUGCCGAGCAGCAGGAAGCCUUCGCAGACUUUGACUUCUGCGCUUUGCACGGAUAAAAGAGGAGCUGAAAGGACCAGGGUGGGAAAUGUAUAACAUUUGGUCUGCGGAUGGAAGUUUGUCCACUUUAGGAGUCACCAACCAUCAUCAUUUACAUAUUUGUAUAACCAACCCCACUAUACUUGCAAGUAAAAUAAAUAAAUUAACUAGCUAUUUACAAUUUUUUGUAAAACAUUAAUAGCGGUUUAGCCAAAUGACUGAAAACAAGACUUAAAAUGUGCUGUAUCAGCUCAUUUAUUAUCAGUCAAUUGGCAUAAAUGAGCAUAAUCAGUGACAAUUAUUAUAAGUGAUUAUCAUCUAAAUAUAAAAUAAAGUACCAAGAGUAAAAGUACUCUAACAGCAUAGCCCAUUUUAGAAUAAUGCAUUUGAUAUAAUUGGAUUAUAUUUGAUUGGUGCAAUAAUGUGUUUUAGAGAUGCAAUCUAUUAUUCAAUAGACAGAAAACAAUACGGCAACUAUUUGUGAACUCAAUUGAUCACUAAGGUUAUCUUUAAUGCAAAAAAUGCUGUUUCAUAUCCUAGGUUUUUGAUUGAUGUAACAAGACAUUUAAAGACAUCAACAUGGCCUUUGAGGAAAUAAAAAAGGAAAUUUUUCACAAAUAUUUGGACAUUUUAUAGACCAACUAUAACCGAAAAAGUGGAAAUAUCCAGAAAAUAGUCGGCAGAUAGAUUUGAAAGUCUGCAAAGUUGCCUAAAAGACAAAUUAAAAGGCAGUGGAGUAAAAUGUACAACGUAGCAUAAAAUGGAAAUACUGAAGUUAAAUACAAGUACCUCUUUAGUACCUUUAUCCGUUUCCCAGCCUGGUCUCGAUAGCACCAACUGAACUAACACCCUGUAUAAUUCUGCAGCUCAAUCAUUACAACAGGAACUCUACAUACAAUCCCAUGGCUGAUUUUGCUGACUAUUCUGACCGCCAUCCAAUCGACGGCCAAUAGUCGAUCAAAUAAACGAGGCAACAUUUUGUUUUUGUAACAGAGCAAAAGAAAGUGAGUAAAACCCUUUAUAUUUUCUGUGGAGAAUCAAGCUUUGCUCUGUUUGUUCACGCAGUAAUAAUAAUAACUCACAUGCUGUUGCUAUAAAGAGUAUAUGAGAUCUGGUCAGGUGAAAUGUCUACAAACAGGGUGCUUGAAGAGUUUAUAACGUUAUCACGCCAUCUUUAGGGUUUCAUUUCAUUAAUUCAAUGCUCGAAAUGUGUUCCGUAUCAGAACAAAUGCAGGGGGUUUGCAAAAUAGUGCAAACUAAAUCUUAAAUUACUGUAGCCAUGCAGGUAAGACUGUCAAGAAAUGUCUUGGAUCAAUUUAUAAUUUUGCCACUUUUCCUCUUGAUACACUAUUUGUUCUAAUUUUGAAUCUGAUGCACCAGUAAUUUAGGCAGCAACUGCCUUGUCCUCUUAGAGUAUGUAAGCUGCCUUAUGUUGCAACAUAAAUGUAUAAAAUGAUGAUUGUCAUACCCCUCUGAAGGUUAACACAUGCUGUAUUGUGUAUUGCUGACUUGUAUUUACUUGUGUAGCAGUGUAAGCUGCCUCAGUUGCUGGUGUGUCAUUCAAAAACAGGGUUGUAUGUGAUGGGGGAGGAGGAAAUGUGUCACAAAUCAUCACAACACAAUAUCACAAAGGAAAACUACCAUGACACUUAGCAAAAUGGAAAACGUCCUAAAAUAAAUGUUAAAAUCCAUAGCAUGUUAACACCCUUGAUUAUGUAAAAAAACAAACACUAAAUUCAUUUAUUAGGUUCACCAGGUGUUUAUAGACUGUAUAUCGGUCUAAACAAAUCCAAGCCUGUUUGGUUAAUAAUCACUCCUCCAAAACAAUUUAGCUUAGUUAAACGACUGUAAGAGCUAGCUAAACUAGCUUUCUCUAAGUCACUCAUGAUAAUAUUUUUAUGCUAGCUGUUAACACUUGUUUUUAUUUGUACAAGACUUUACUGCCUAGUCCCACCUGAAACCAAUUAAAAUGUGUAAUGUCAUGUUUUUCUUUACUUGACUAAGCUAACUAAACCUAGGCUCCACGGGA